UCUGAACUUUAACUUGUUAGCAAUGUAGUGGCUGAUGUUUCAUUGUAUGCAAAGAGUCAUAUUAAACCUGAAAUUUUCUCUCCCUUUUGCUUUUUUUUUAUGUUUGGUAAAAAUGGUAAUAUUUAGUCGAAACAAUGUGUCGGAAAGAUUUGAAACGGAGCUUAUUGAAUUGAGACGCUUGGGUUCACGAUGGAUUCUUGAUAAUGAUGUUGUUGAAGAUUGUAUAAGCACAGUUUUUAAAGAUCAGAGCGAUAAUUUUAGCUCUUUACCAGUAAUAUCAAGAGGUCAAAAGAUAUUUAAUUUUUGUUUGCAUAUACUGGAAGUGAGUUUUUUUAAGGUUUGGAAGUUUUGCAGAACCUUUUUAUUCUUGACAUGGAUUAUACUUAAAGUAAUAUUUGGAUUAAUUUUAGUAUAUGCUAUUGCAUCAUCACACAACCCCACACAAAAGUUUGUUAUGCGACAUUCACAAAGUUUAAUAUAUCCCGUAUUACGAACUGUCAGAAUCUGGAGCUUACCAUUGCUUCGCAAAUAUGACUAUUUCACUGAGUGGCAUGAAGAAGAGUGCCUUCUUAAAAACCCUUUUUACAAAGAACCACCACCAGACUGUUGGGUUUGUGAAGAUGUGCGAACAGUAGUUGACCUCACAGGGCUCCAUAAUUAUAGCAAGGCAUAUGCAUAUAAUGGAAAACCUUUUAUAGUAAGGGAUAUUAUGGACUCGCCAAUAUCAUUACAUGUGUUAAAGAACAUGUAUUUAGCCAGCAAAGAGGCUUUAAUUAGAGGAACAGCAAAAUUUGUCUCCAACUCUCCAAGACUUGGUUCUUUAAAGGAACUGUUUGAAGGAUUAUCAACAGAGAAUGAAUUAUCAAGAAAAGAUAUUCAGAUUUAUUGGAAAAUGAACAGAGUUUCAUCUGCUCGGAUUAUUCGUCGAGUCUUUAAGCGCCCUUACUUUAUACCUGAAAGUAGUGAAGUGGCAUUACAGAGGUACCUGUAUAUAGAUGGGCCAGAAGCUUCUCAGUAUGUACUGCCUUUAACUGACUUUGCCAAUGUUUGGCUUGCCCAAGGUAAGGGCUUCAGAUUAAUUGUUUUAGACCCAGCAGAGGGAUGUCAACAGAAUUGUUCAUCUGUUUCUGUUCUUCUAAAACCGAAGGAUGUAUUGUAUUACAACUGGCAGGUGUGGAGGCCAAGAUCGUUACCAGCACGACUGACUGAUGACCUGAGCAUAACUUUCAUGGGCUCCUUCUACUGAAUUACUGUUUGAAAACAGAUGGAUGGAUUCAGUUGCUGGCAGAAUAGUUAGCAGAGAUAGUGUACAUGAUUAUAAGCUUAAUAGAUCUUCAGGGAUUUGCAUAUAUGUAGUAUGUUGAAAUAGUCACUAGAGUAAUACAUUUCUUACAGUAGUAGGUAGGUUGGUAUUUUUUAGCAAAUUCAUUUAGUUUUUAAAAACUGUAUAUUCUGUUGUAGGGUGGUUCCACAACUUCUUGUACAACACAGCAAUGCUGUUUGUUGUGGCCAGGAAAAUAGUAAAAAACCCUAUGUAUAGAACACAUAGCUACUAUUUAAACUAAAUUAAGUAAUAACUAUUUAAAUUCCACAUACUAAUCCCUGCUAAAAAGCUACACAACUACUGUACUUUACCUAACUGAUCAAGAAAGUAACACCAUUAAAUGUAUGUCAGAGUGGCUCAAAAAGACAACAAUAUAUCCUCAUAAUAAUAGCCAUUCCUUCUUGUGAAGCUAUUAUAGUCUUUUGUUGCACCUUUAGUGGGUUCCCACUUAUUAAUGGUCUUUUUAAGAGGGAAGACAAUGUAACAUUCAAUGGCAUGCUAUUCCAAAAAUCAGUUUCUUUCUUUCUUGUCAUUGCUGAAGACUCUUUCUCCUCCAGCAUUGGAUUGGGGAAUUACAAGCUCCAGUUGUGCAACCUGAGCAAGUUCUGCAAAUCUAGCUUUGAUACCUGCAAGCUUGCAAGUUGCUAGAUGAUCCCAAAUUCUGUCCAUUCUAUAUGAUACAUUUCCAUCUUCACGCUUUAUUGCAGCAUCAUUCCACAUAUCCUUUGGAAUAGGAAUACCUUUCUCAUCUAAUAGUUGAUAUUCUGUGAACUGUUCUUGUAAUUGAUUUACUUGAUGUCUGUAUUGGAAGGGCAGGAGAUGAGAAUAUCUUUUCACAUAGAACAGCACGUUCUAGAAUGUUGAGAAACUCCUUUCAACAAAACUUACAAACCUGACAUGUUUGAGUAUGUCAUGGUCAUCUACCCAAGGGGGUUUCUUGAUGGCUUCUGAGGCUACAGUUGUUUAAAAAUUCCUGACACCUUUAAAAUAGAUUUUCCUCUGCUCUGGUGAGAUGUUUGCCCUCUUCCCUAUGUUUUGACAUUUUUACUCGAGUGGUUCAUCUGGCAGUUGGUUUGGGUCCACUUAAAAGUCAACAUCUGUUACAACAGGCACUUUGUAUUAUCUCUGUUGUAACAAAUUUACCGCACAGCUUUCUUAUGAAUGAAUCUGGAUAAAUGGCAUAAAUAUAUGGAUCUUCUCUUUGAAGAAAUUGAUUAAAGCAGGUGAAUACUGGCAGGACUGAACUGUAUAACAGCAAAUAAAUAUCUGUCUUAGGAUUUUCAAAAUGGGUCCUCAGUCUUUUUGAAUCUUGACUUUCUUUCCUGGCAUGACUUGAAAUAGGUCUUAUUUCCUUCAAAGAGAUCAAUAUUCAUGGUGGCUGCUGUCUUGUGUUGACAUGAUUUACAACAUCCCUAUACUCAACAUCACAAAAAUUAAAUCAUGUUGAUUUUCUCUCUGUAGACUUGUCAAACCAACAUAACAGGUCUAUGCACAAGUUUUUCACACCAAGCUUUACCACUGAUUAAAAGGUAUCUGAUGCUUUAUAGGCUAUGUUGUGUAAGAGAUGACAUGGACAACCAACAAAGUAACAUGAUUGGGCCUGCUUCAUCACUCUUAAUUUAAUUGAGUUCCUUUCACAAAGAUUGAUACUGGUGUUAUCCACACCAAAUGACAUGCAGUUAUCUCAUGCAAUGGAAGGUUAUCAUCAAUCUUAUAAAAAAAUUGUUGCAGCAGUUGCCCCUCCUAUCCCUGUUGUGGUGAACAUGUCCAAAAGAUUGAAUUCUACCUUAUUUGUGUUAACAUCAUACAAACGUUCAAUAAGAGUAUUCAUUUUCUGACGUUCGGUGUUAUUGGAAAAAAAAAUGUAUUAAGAAUGUUCUAAUAUUUCGGAGUACACUUAUUCCAUUUUCAGUGAAAUCUAAAAAUAGUGUUACAAAGAUAUUUAUUAACUAAUGCUACAGUAUCAUUAAUCACUAAUUUACUUGGAUAUUCAGUAAAAUGUUAAAUGGAGAGAAAACAUAUUAUAGAAUAAUUUAAAGUGACAUUUAGUUUCACCAAUAUAAGAAGCUUUACAGUGUCUGCACCUGUAUAAACAGAUGAGAUGCAAACAAUGGCAAUCAGUACACAAUCUUUGUAACUGAAAAUUUUUAAGUUUGAGAUUGGGUUUAAAAUAGCUUUCAGAUCAACUUGAGGAUAGUAACAGUUAAGUAAUUUUUUUCAGCUGCUUCAUGAUAAGUGAGCUGUGUCUUCCAAGAUAUGGUAAGUUGGUGUAUAAAGAUAAUUUGGGUAGAAUAGGUAUUUUAGGUGGCAUAGCAAACACAUCUGUUAAGAAUGAGCAAGUUAUUUUCUCCAAGAAAUGCUUUAUGUAGCCAUUUCAAAAGAAAAUGCUUUGUAUAAAAUAAAUUUCUUUGUGAAGGGCUAGAUAGGAAUUAUUUCUUUAUUUCAUUUGUGUUUAAAAUUAAAUCUGAAGUCUACUGAAUGUAGUGUUUUUAAAAAACAUUAAAUCAGUUUAAAUAUCAUAAACAGCCAUACUGUACUCUGCACAUAUCACUAUCAUCGACAGCCUUCAAUGUUUGACAUCACCAUGUGUGUAAAUAUACAUGUGUUCCUGUUUUCCAUCAUGCUACUCUGCUGUAUCUUUGACAUUUCAAGUUAAUUUAGCAAUAGGAAUAUCCACAGUAUAUCUACAAGUGUGACGUAUUGUGCUCACUUAUCUUCUUCCUUACUAAGACUUGUUAUGAAUAUAAUUUAAGUUUAAUGAUAUAUAUAUAGACACACACCCCAAUUUACAAUGGACACCACUUAUAGGUAUUUCCUGAUAUGUCAGCUAAAUUGUACAAGUGUGUUGUCAUGUAAGAAAUAUAACUUUAUUGUGAAGCAACAAUGUAAUUCUCAUUGAGCCCUCUAUCUCCAUAAUGUUUUAUAGCUUGUUAUUUGAAAAACUGUGUUUCACAUAUGAUACAGUAUACUUCUGUAAGCCUCAUCUGGUUUUGUAGCUUGUUACUUUAAAAGCUUCAUAUCUGACAAAUGGUACAGUAUACUACUGUAAAUAAGAUUUGAGGUUUACAUCACCAUGUUAUUUUAUAGCUUGUUACUUGCACAGCAUUUUGAUUAGUACACUGGCUCAGAAACUGCACCCUAAACUAUUCCAAAGUAACACUUUUAUUAAUAAGUUAAAGACUGGUUUUGAAAGAGUAAUCACACAUUUAAAAAGCCAUUUUGAUGAAGCUCAUUGAUACUGUUAAUGAGCUAAUAAACAAGAGCUUGAAGCUGAUGGAGGGCCAAUUUUUCUGAAUGAUAGUAAAAGUUAUUUCAUAUUAAAAGACAGUCUAAUCAAAAACAUUUUAGAUGUGAAAAAAAGAUGCAGCCAAAAAAGGAUUGAGCGUGAGACUUAAAGAAAUCAAAUCAAAACUGGCAGCCACACUUAUAGCAUUGAUAAGAAUUUUACUGCAAAUAUUCAGUCAUUACUUAGCCAGGUUGCAGUUUUUGUUCAACUUGGAGCAUGAUGGUGGGUAAAACAAAAUACUAUUACUUGUCUGACCACCUUAUACUAAAAUAUUCUGUAUUAAGUUUUAAUAAAUAAUUCUGUAAUUCAGUUUCUCUAGUUUUUGUAUUGUUAUGGUAUUUUCAGAAGAAAUUUAUUUUUGCACAAGUAGAUCUGCUACUAACAAGGAAAUUUGGGAAGUAGUCCUUAUUUGAAAAUAUGUGAAGUAAUAAGAGUUGGCAAGUUUUGAAGACAAAAACAAUCUUUAUUAUCACUACACACAUACACACAGAAAAAAAAAACACCCCAAAAAUGCAUGCUUACUUAUACAGACAAUAAGACAUAUCGUCUGCCAUUUCCAUCAGGUCAUGAUUAAGUCUGCAACUUUCUCUCUCUCAAAA